CCGCAGGCAGCGAGGACCAGAUUGCAGCCGCUCGUGCGUUGGGCGACUCUGUUGUGCUCCGGCGAGAGAGUGAGGAACCUCCUUGGAAGACAGCGCGUAUAAAGCCGCAAUCCGUCACGACGAUGAGCGCUGCGAUCACGACUCUCAUGCUGACAAUGCUCGGACUGACUUUGGCUUCGUCAGCCGAAACGCGAGGCCACGUGGGGGGGCUUGCGGUCGAACCCGCAGCCCUGUCCCUGGGGAGCCACAUCGGCGACUGGGGCGGAGCCGGAUGGGAGGGAGCCGGACGGGACGGAGCCGCAUGGGACGGAGCCGCAUGGGACGGAGCGGCAUGGGACGGAGCCGGACGGGACGGAGCCGCAUGGGACGGAGCCGCAUGGGACGGAGCCGCAUGGGGUGGCCGGAUCCAUGCGAACGAGUCUUUGGUGGCGGAUCAGGACCUCACGGACAGGGACAAACGCAUCUUGUUUACCCUCGUUCGCUUCAAAAACUCCGGCUGCACCGUCGGCUCGAACUCCGGGACCUGCUACACGGCCAGCGAGUGCCGGAGAAUUGGUGGCACGAACAUAGGGUCGUGCGCUCGAGGCUUUGGAGUUUGUUGUUACAAGGAGAUCACGUGCGGCGGCUCCUCCUCCACCAACUGCACGUACCUGGUGAGCCCUAACUACCCAAACACGUACAACGAGGCCCAGACGUGCACUAUGACCUUCACCAGAAACGCCAACACGUGCCAGCUGAGACUCGACUUCGAAGAGUUCAUGAGUACACAACCAGACAAUUUAGGCGUGUGCCAAGAGGAUCAGUUCACGGUCCCCGGAGAACGGAAGUUUGCUUACCUGUGUGGAAACAAACCUUCAGAACCAUGGCAUUUUUAUUUGGAUGUUAACGGAAAGCCCAACCCGACUGUUUUCAACUUUUUGACGACUGCUACAAGCUUCAACAGAAAAUUCAAAUCAAGGUCUCCAUGA